AUGGUUUUCGAUACUUCUUCACCACCGACUAGUUCAUCUUCAACGGACCGAGUCGUUUCACUCCAUCGUAUGUAUGAUUCAGCACAUUCGUCAAGCAUCGAACUUCAAUUGUCCGAUGAACGAGAUUUGUCUCAAAUCGAAGCAGCCGCUAGACAACAGCAUCAACCGUCGAAAUGGAAAAUGAUGUCCAAACGUCGACAGAGCUGUGCAAACGAUAUGUAUGCAACAGCCAGUCGAUAUCAUCGAUUGAAACCAUUACCAACUAUUAAUCAAUUAACACCAUCCGAAGAACUUUUACCUUCAUCUUCAUCUUACUUUACAACUUAUGAUAAGUUUUCCAAUAAUCAAUUUUCUCAUGAUAAUAUGAAGUACUUUUCCCACCAAUCCGCUCUAAUAACAACACGUCGCUCAACAACUGAUUGUAAUGAUCUGAACAAUUUCAACCGACGACCAUUAGAACCGAAGAACAAUACACUAUUAACAAUUGUCGAUGAAGAAUCACGAGAUUCACUGUGGCCAUCUGCAGAUGAUCAUCAUUUACUGUUGCCGACAUCAAGAUCUUCCCAUACGGCUAACUCAUCAGCAGCAUCGUUAGCAAUGUUUUACUCCGAUCCAUCCAUGACUCCAUGUUCAUCAAUAUCGUCUUUCAACUCACAUUCGAACAGUACCGAUCUUCGUACAUCAUCAUCAUCAUCUUCCUCUUCACAAUAUUCAUCCUCGCUUACAUUUUAUCACAAUAUGCCUGAGACUCCCAAAACUCUUUCGUCGUCGUCAUCACUAUCGUUAUCAUCGGGCUACGAAUCAAAUGUUCCAACAUCAGCUUCGUCACUCAAUUCAGUAUCCGAUCAGCUAUUUCUUUCAUCACCUGAUUCAAUCAUGAUGCCUCCGCCGCCAGUUCCAUCUCCUAAGCUUCCAUUAAAUUCAGAUCACAAUCUUGUUGAACAAUUCAUCGAUUUACAUCUUCAAAAACAAACAUCAUUCGACCAAGAGGUUGCCUAUUCUCCUCCAUCUUCGUUCAGCUCAUCAUCAAGUUCAUUCCUAUCUCAAGCACCCAUAUCAGCACUAACUUCACCCGUUCGCUGUCGAAAAUGUGAUAAUCACGAUGAUAAAAAUCAAUUAUCAAGUGAUACUGAAGAUGAUUCUCAAUCAACCACUAUCACGCCAAACCUCGUUCCAUCACAGCAGCAACAAAAACAGCAUCAAAACAAACGCCCAAGAAGUUUACCGAUCGCCAUCCAACAACCCAAAGGCGUGUCCGUUGAUCCGACCGCUUUGACUAAUGAUGACGAGGAUGAGGACGAUGAUGAUUCAGAUAGUAGUUUACAAAAUUCACUCUCUUGCCAUUGUCCAGUGAUUUCUUCACGAAAGAAACGUUUUCGCACAUGUGAAUUCAAUCAUCAACCUAUAUUGAAUGCAGCAACAUCGGCGAAUGGCCUUUUUUCCGAUAAUACUCUUAUGUCAACAGCGACCGAUAAACUACACAUUGCUUUAAACGAUCCUGAUGAACAAAAAUCCAAUGAUCAAACACCAAUCAAACAACAGAAAAAUUCUCUGGAGCAUUUCAUUAUGAGUCCAACUGAUAAAGUCAAGGUACAAAUGAAAUACCCACCACUGAAUAAUAAUAAAGAAAGUGAUACAAUAAGUAAUGAAUUGAAGAUAUCUCAGCCUGAAGAUAUUGAUUUUAAACGAUCAAAACAAAAAGCAAUUCGUGUACUCUAUCAGAAUCGACUGAAUCUAAACAGUAUUCAAUCUCCGGUGCCACGUCAAAAUUUGAAUAAAUUUCCGUCGCGAACAGCAGCAAAUCAUUGUGAUUCUCCUUUGGCUAAUAGAACUGUGAAUCCACGUAUAAUCCGAAGUGUGUUGUCCUGUAGUGUCUUCGAAGCGGAUGAUGAACAUGAAGUAGUAUCGUCGACGCCUAUUGCUAAACAAGCCGGUGUAAAUGGAACACGUGAAAAGUCACAUAUGGAAUCAUUUAAUCAUUUGCGUAGUAAUUUCACUGAAUCGUUACUACAUGGAAAAAUUCUUCCUUGUGGUAUACUCGAUGGUUUUACAGUUAAAUUAGGUGCAAGUGGCCUUUUUAUGCCUAAACAAGUUGUUUUACCUGUGACGACAUUUUGGUUCAACGUGUCCGAACACCAAGCCGCAUCGCCCUAUCUCGGUUUUAUUAAUUUACAAUGUUUGCCUAAGCGCGGGUAUCAUACGCCAACAAAGGGGACAAUUACAUUAGCUCUAUUGAAUCCGAAUGGUACCGCUGUUCAUUUGUUUUUAAUCCUAUAUGAUUUGAGUGAUAUGCCACCUGAUCAUCGAACGUUCAUUCGUCAACGAAUUGUUCUCAUGCCCGAAAACACCGGCGAUGAUACGAAAGCGGAUCAAACGUCAUCUUCAUCUUCGUCAUCAUCAAAAGGAAGUUUGCGAUAUUUAGCUCAUAUUCGAUUUGUUACAUCACAGACGGGUAAACUUUAUAUGCAUUCCGAUAUUCGAUUGAUUUUUGCACGUAAUAAACUUGAUUAUGAUGAUCGAACGGCUGGUGGUAAAGCACAAUUAGUGACAUUGACAGAUAUCCCAACACCGAAAUAUUGGUCACGAAAAUAG